AUGAAGCGCACGUUCGCCCAGAUGAACGAUGUCCCCGCGCCCAUGGCCGCCCCCGCGCAGCCUGAUCACUCGGACGCGUCGCAUCAGCCCAAGAUCUCGAGGAAAAUCCGUGCCUGCAAAGAGUGCCAGAGCCGCAAGGUCAAGUGCGACAUUGCCGAUGGCUCCAACACCUGCGCCCGCUGCCGACGCCUCGGCCUCAAGUGCGUCAUCAACAAGAGCCUGCAGACGCUGCUCGACGACGAGAACCAGUGCGCAUUGCCCCGCCUCCCCUCCCCCGAUCUCCGUGCCCCGCUGACCCCUCCUCGUGACAGAUGGAAGACGUCCAUGGAGUCCAAGUACGAGCAACUUCACAACGCCGUCGCCGAGUUGCUGCGCCAAUCCAACCUGCCCUCCCUCGACUCGUUUAGCCGCAGCCAUUCCCUCUCUCCUUCGUUAACAAAGGCCGUCCCCAGCUCGCAGGACUCGGCGGGCCCGACACCUCCUCGUUCCGAUAUAUUCUCUCCCCGCUCCCGACAAGCCCCGAACGUGACCAUGACCCGCGAGAACUCCCCGGAGCCCCAGAGCAAGGAGGAGGACGAAUUCGCUCAUACCGGUCCAAUGGACAGCCUCUUCCAGGUCACCAAGCUCAAGAACCUUCGUUGCACAACGUCGGAAUUCCCCGACGGCGUCCGCAGGAAUCCCAUGUACACCGACGUCAUCUCACAAGGCAAGAUCAGUGAAGACCAGGCCGAGAAGUUGUUCAACCGCUUCAAUGUCUCGCUAAAUCACUAUCUCUGGGGCGGCAUUGCUCUCAAGCACGACAAUCUCCAGUCGGUGCGCGAGUCGUCGUCGAUGUUGUUGGCGUCGAUUCUGGCUGUCACGGCACUGCACGCUCCCGACGCUGAACGCGAGCUGGAUGCAUGCUACUCGGAAUUUCUGGCACUGGUUUCCCAGUCCAUGUUCGAGCGGUACCACUGCCUCGAUGACGUCCGCGCCCUCUGCAUUGGCGCUUUCUACCUCUCGGAAGUCAGUUGGAAGCUCUCGGGUCAUGCAGUGCGCAUCGCAACCGAGAUGCAACUGCACAUCAGCUUCUCUAGGGCCAUGGCCGGCUCGUUGGAGGAGGUUGAGCGCGCGCGCCUAUGGUACUUUGUCUACGUCUGCGACCACCACUUUUCACUGGCCUACAGCCGACCGCCGGUCAUUCACGAAGACGAGACGAUAACACAGCACGAAAGAUUUUUGAGCUUGCCUGGCAUCAACAACGGCGAUCUCAGGUUACAAUCUCAGGUCGGCAUGUUCGCAAUCUUGAGCAGAGUCUUCAACAAGUUCGGUUUCGACAGCAACAGGCCAUUGGAGCCGGAUGAUCUGCCAUACAUAAGGCAGUUCAACGCAAAUAUCGACCAGUGGAAGGACAGUUGGGAACCACGCUUGGCUCCCAACCCGUACAUCGAUACCUACCCCUCCAAGAUUUGCACUCUGCAUAACAGUUUUGCAAAGCUGCAGAUCAACUCUCUAUGCCUGCGUGGCAUAUCUCACAUGUCUAUGAACGAUCCGAGACGCGACUUCAUCAAUAUUGCUAUUGAGAACGCAACGGCAUGCUUGAGCUUUGUCUUGGACGAGCCCAACAUGCGGAAUGCCGUUGUCGGUGUGCCGCUCUACCUGUCGACCACGGUCAGUUUUGCUGCCGUCUUCCUCAUGAAGGUGCACAGCAAUUGGAAGUCAGCGAAGCUCAACACCAACUUUGGCCUCAUCGUCGAGAUUCUGGAGCGCAUCAUCAGGCUUCUCAGCGAGGCCAGGGCUAGCAAGUGUCACGUCUCGCUGCACACGGCACGGGGGCUGACGCAGAUGUUGCAAAAGUUCAAGGAGCGUGAGGCACGUGCCAGCGCUGCCCAAAAAGGCAUGAAUAUAAAUCGCGGAGUGGCAAGAAUGCCGCUUAACGAGGCUGCGGCCACGCCCAAUGGAUGGUCCGAGCGCUGGCAGCUGCAGCAGCAGCAACAACAACAACAACAGCAGCAGCAGCAGCACCAACAACAGCAGCAGCAGCCGCCGCCGCAGUUGGAAAUCAAUACGCAGGCCUGGGCCGGCAGCAGUCUGGACUGGUUCGGGCUAGACGAUCAAUAUCUGCCGGCGGGGGUGUUUGAUGCGGUGGCCUCAUCGCUGCCGGUGGUCGGGUGGCCGCUCAACAGCCCCCCAUCCAGCGACGGGCUCACGCCACGCAUGCCGGUGACGGCGUGGCCGACGAGCAACCCGUCGUUCAUGGGCAUGCCGAGCUGGACGACGGACGAGAGCACAGGUGGCGCCGCUGCCGCUGCGGCAUGCGCGCCGGCUGUCACGGCGGCGUCGGCAACCAACACGCCGCUCAGCACUUACACGGACAACUCGCACCCAGCGUGGGUCGAUGACUGA